AUGGAGGACACACCUCGCAGCUCGGCACCGCGCAGCGGUGGCGAAGAACUGGGCUGGGCACGCUGCCCGAUCUGCGACGCCACUGUGGCAAUGAGUGUAAUUGGCCAACACAUCGACAGCGGCUGUAAGGCGUUCGCGGGCGCCGGCGCCCGACGACGAUCGUCCCGCGGCCGCGCGCCGGCAGCGGAAGCCCCCGCGUCGGCGCCGGCGCCGCGCCGCUCGCCGCGCCGGUCGACCCGCGGGCGCGCACUGGCGCCGUCGCCAUCACCUCCUCGACAAGCGCCCUCGCCGCGCCGCUCGCCGCGCCGGUCCACGAGGGGACGCGCGCUGGAACCGCCACCACAAGCCUUCCCGCCCCUCCAGAUCGGCGCGAGCCAGGUCGGCGCUUGUGUAGGAGUCCACCCCUACGCCGACGUCGACGAGCUCUGGCACGGGCUCAUCUACCAGGGCGCGGCCGGCGCGGCGCUCGAGCGGGCCGACGCCGACGCCCUGGGCGCAUCCCUGGAAACGCGCGACGAGGCCGUCGCGCGCAUUUUGAGAAAUGCCUCGGCGGAAACUAGAAGAACAGUAGCAACAGCCCGCCUCGCCGGACUAUCGGGAGCGACGUCGACGCGCGACAUCAAGCGCGCCGAGAUGCUCGUCGCGGCGGCGGCGGACGCCGCCGUCGCGCGCGGAGAGUGUUCCAAGGAAGAGGCGGCGGAGCUGGCAAAUCACGAGCGCAAGGCCUGCUACACGCGCUUCGGCACGGCGUUCGAGCGGAGCGCGCUCGACGCGUACGAGCGGGCCACGGGCCGCGCCGCGGUCGCCGACGAGCGGCGCCUCGAGUGGCGUUUUUAUAGAGACGGCGGCGAUACGGUUGUUUUGGAUGCGAAGAAGCACGCCGCCGUCGAAAAACGCGUCGACGCGUUCGUCGCGUCGGACGCGCCUGAGCUUUGUCUGGAGCUGUCGCCCGCGGAGCGGCGCGCGGCUCAUAGAAGAGCGGAGGCGUACCCGGGCCUGGAGCACGCGUCCGAGGGCCGCGGCGCGGACCGGCGCUUGAUGCUGCGGAAGCCGCGCACGGGGUGGUUCGUCGAAGGGGGCGACGGCCCGCUCUCGGACGGCGAGGCGUCUUCCUUAGAUCAGACGGCGAGGGUGCGCCGGACGCGGUUCGGCGGCCUGCCCUGCGCCUGUGUUGAUGAAGACGCCUACGCGACGCUUGCCACCGUUUACGAAAGGGGCGCCGCGUGCUCGUGUGAGGCGUGCCCCGCGAAGCGGCUUUUCAAUGAGCGGCACGACGAAGACAUCUACGAGGAGGAGCACGCGAGCAACGGGCGCAAAGAGGAGCGCGCGCUGCCGACGCAGGGCAGUUCAAAUGACGAGCUCUUCCGCGUCGUCGGUUAUGUGGACGCGGUGUCUCCUGAAAAUGAUGACUCGAUCGUCAUCGAGGUCAAGAACCGCAUGCACCAGGUGCGCGCGCCCGAGUUAUAUGACAAGCUCCAGGUCGUCACGUAUUUGCAGAUGCUCGGCUGGUCGCGGGGUGAUUUGGUGCAGCGUAUUAAAGAUUCACCGGACGCGCCGGUCCGUGUCGACCGCAUUUUACGAAGUGAGCAUGAAAACGACUGGGAUCGCGUCGUGCUUCCGCGGCUGCGGGCCGUCGCCGAGGCCGUCCUUUCAUUACGCGCGGACGAGGGGAGACGGCGGGCCUGGCUCGCGGCGUCGGCUUAUGAAAGGAAGACCACGGCCGCGGCGCUGUGCGUGUUCCUGCCCGUGCCGCCGGAACCGGUCGAUGACGACGCCGAUUUCUGGGCCUCCGCCGAGGCCGCGACGCAGCAGGCCGAGGAAGAAGCCUUCUGGACCGAAGCGGCGGACGCGGCCGACGCGGCGGCGGCGGCCGAGCAGCGGCGGCGUGCGCGGCGUCGUAGUGUUCGGGUGGACUCGGUCGCAUCUCGAUUGCUGAAAAGGCGUCGGCGCCGGGCGGCUGCGGUGGAUUCGGUGGCGGCUCGGGCCAAGCGGCGGCGAAGGGGUGGUGCGUAA